GACAUAUGAUCCCGCAAUCUCGUAAAACUUUUAUUAAAGCCUUUCCAACUUCUAUACGCCUUUAGUGACUAAACAACAAACCAACUCGAUUCGAUCAGAUCUUUUCCUUCUCUUCAUUUAGUUUUCUCUGAAAGAAGCACUUGCAAGAAAAAAGAAAAGGAAAGAAAGAAAAUGACUGUGUCACCCGCUAUUUCCACAGCCAAGAGCAGCAGGGUUCUGAUCAUUGGAGCCACCGGCUUCAUCGGUCAUUUUGUAGCCGACGCCAGCCUCGGCUCAGGUCGACCCACAUAUGUUCUCGUCCACUCCAGUGUCACUAGCCCUAGUAAGGCUAAAAUCAUCCAGCAACUUCAAAAAAAGGGCGCUGAAAUAUUACAUGGAUCGAUAAGUGACAAGGAAGCAAUGGAAAAAAUACUGAAAGAGCAGGAGAUUGACAUCGUGAUAUCAGUUGUUGGCGGUGAGAAAAUAUUGGACCAGCUGCCACUGGUGGAGGCCAUUAAAGCUGUUGGUACUGUUAAGUGUCAAUUGCAGAGAUUUUUGCCAUCAGAAUUCGGGCAUGACGUGGACAGAGCUGACCCGGUGGAGCCGGGGCUCAUCAUGUACAAAGAAAAGCGCAGAGUCAGGCGUUUAAUUGAAGAACUUGCCGUGCCGUACACCUACAUUUGUUGCAAUUCAAUAGCUUCGUGGCCCUAUUACGACAAUCACCACCCUUCAGAAGUUCUCCCUCCGUUGGAUCAGUUUGAAAUCUACGGUGAUGGCAGCGUCAAAGCAUACUUUAUUGCUGGCACUGAUAUUGGAAAAUUCACCGUCAAAAUUGCUGAUGACAUUCGAACUGUAAACAAGUCCGUUCAUUUUCGACCACCCUCCAAUUGUUAUAGCAUUAACGAGCUUGCAUGUUUAUGGGAAAAGAAAAUUGGAAGAACUUUACCAAGAGUGACUGUUUCUGAGGAUGAUCUCCUUGCAGCAGCUGCAGAGAAUGUUAUACCACAAAGUGUUGUUGCAUCGUUCACACAUGAUAUAUUCAUUAAGGGUUGUCAAGUGAAUUUUUCUAUCGAUGGCCAUGGUGAUAUUGAAGUGAACAAUCUUUAUCCUGAUGAACAAUUUCGUAGCUUGGAUGAUUGUUUCACUGACUUUGCCCUCCAAUUAAAUUACAAGUCUAUGGAGGCUGAAGACAGGUCACUGCCGUCCUCCCAGACAUCCACUCCCAUUUGUUCUUGAUAUUUAUACACCUCUUUACUGUUUUCCUUGUUUUUUUUUUUUUUUUUUAAAUUACGGUCAUUCUCAUGUCAUCUUGUUUCCAACCAUGUCGCAGCCAUGACUUAAAUAAAUAUGUACUUGUGUAA